AUGGUAUUGCCAAAUACACCUCCCGAGGGUUACCAAACACCGCGCUUCCCAUCUCUAAACGUCCAAACUUUAUACGACCAAACCACAGACAAACGAUACACCCUUUAUUAUAUCCUCGAUGUUUGGCGAUUUACCCUACUAUGGACUCUCAUCAUAUACGCGUUGUUCCAUUUGGGGGCGGUCCUAACUGCCAUGUUCACCCACGGCUGGAAGAAAUCAUCAUGGCGGUACCUAUGGGCAGUACCUGUGAUAUAUCUCGUUGUAGCUGGGCUUGAGGCAGUUAUGGCUGGGAGUAUCGUUGGCUUAGUACUGGGCGCCGUCUACUCCGCAGGAUACUACGAGAUGAACACUUGGAUUCCAUGUACCUGGGGCUUUAUCAACGUACUGGUCCUCAUCAUUUCUUCUUUCUCGAUACAGGGCGGACUUUAG